AUGUCACUGAGCACCGGUCAAAUGACCGGUAGCUCCCCCACUCCACCUGGGCUUCCCCCAGAAGAACCUCCUGGAUUCCAAGACCACGGGAAAAUCCCGCAUUAUAUGCGGGGUGAUGAUGAGUUGAAUCAAACUAGAGUUCUAGUUUUGCAGCGAAAAAUGGAAGAAGAUAAAACAAAAAAUCCAGAGAAGAAUGAGAGGAAGAUGAUACCUCGCCUUCCUGAACCAUUCAUCAUCGAAACUUCAGUUGAACUAGCAGUAGGCAAAAAAGAAGCUAAAACUAUUAAAGCCUCCCGCGAAGGACGUCGAUACCUUCUCUGUACGAAUUCGAGAACAAUUACUGAAAAGCUCACUAAAAUGACGGAACUCAUAGAUAAAACAGAAUUUGAAAUAUUCGUCCAUCCUACUCUGAAUACGGUACAGGGAACGGUGUAUGAACCGGACUCCAUCAAUACCGAUAUGAAUGUGUUUAUUGGGAAGUUGAAAUCGCAAGGUGUACAAUCAAUUCGACGUAUAAAAAAACGAAUAAACGGAGACCUGCAAAACACCCCUUUACUGGUCAUAACGUUCAAUGGCUCGGUUCUACCCAAGUAUGUAUACUUUUGUAUGCUACGAAUUGCAGUACGCCCAUACUAUCCACUGCCCCUGCUCUGUUUCAAAUGCGGUGCUUAUGGUCACCCACAAAAAUUCUGCCCACAACAAAAUAGUAUCUGUAUGAGAUGCUCACAGGCCUCUCACCUUGCUGAUGGAGAGCGGUGUGAAAAUCCCCCUCACUGUUUUCAUUGUAAGAACGGGCACCCAACAACAUCUCGUGACUGCCCAAAAUACAAGGAAGAGAAUCAAAUUGUUCAUAUCAAAGUGAACCAGUGUAUCUCUUUCAUUGAAGCAAGGCGUAUAUAUAACGAAGAAAAUAAAAAGGAAUCAAUCCAGAACCAACUGAAGCAAGAAUUAACGGCCAAGGACAUAUUGAUAGCAAAUCUGCAGAAGCAAGUAGACCUCUUAGCAAAACAAGUUGCCCAACUCAAAUCAGCUUUGAAACAACGUUCUCAAAGUCGUCCUUCAACCCCAAAAACCCCACUCACCCAACCAAACUCAGUAGCCAAGACAGGAUCUUCACCAAGCCAAAAGACUACAGCAUCGCAGCAAAACAACACUCGUUUAUCAAGAAAAGACCAAGUAGAAUUUGCCCAGCAGCCUCCGAAGCUAGACAAAGAGGUGUAA